AUGUCCGCGGCCGCCUACAUGGACUUCGUGGCUGCCCAGUGUCUGGUUUCCAUUUCGAACCGCGCUGCGGUGCCGGAGCAUGGGGGCGCUCCGGACGCCGAGCGGCUGCGACUACCUGAGCGCGAGGUGACCAAGGAACAUGGUGACCCGGGGGAUACCUGGAAGGAUUACUGCACGCUGGUCACCAUCGCCAAGAGCUUGUUGGACCUGAACAAGUACCGACCCAUCCAGACCCCCUCGGUGUGCAGCGACAGCCUGGAGAGCCCGGAUGAGGAUAUGGGAUCCGACAGCGACGUGACCACCGAAUCUGGGUCGAGUCCUUCCCACAGCCCGGAGGAGAGACAGGAUCCUGGCAGCGCGCCCAGCCCGCUCUCCCUCCUCCACCCUGGAGUGGCUGCGAAGGGGAAACACGCCUCCGAAAAGAGGCACAAGUGCCCCUACAGUGGCUGUGGGAAAGUCUAUGGAAAAUCCUCCCAUCUCAAAGCCCAUUACAGAGUGCAUACAGGUGAACGGCCCUUCCCCUGCACAUGGCCAGACUGCCUUAAAAAGUUCUCGCGCUCCGACGAGCUGACUCGCCACUACCGAACCCACACAGGGGAGAAGCAGUUCCGCUGUCCGCUCUGCGAGAAGCGCUUCAUGCGGAGCGACCACCUGACCAAGCACGCGCGGCGGCACACAGAGUUCCAUCCCAGCAUGAUCAAGCGAUCCAAAAAGGCGCUGGCCAGCCCUUUGUGA